CCUUUACAAUACGUGUACUCAACACGGGCAUUGACCACAUACAGUUGAAGGGAGCACAUGACACUGUCUGUUUGAUGGUGACGCUAAAAACCGGCCUAUGGUUGCUCUGGUUGGUGGUCUUCUCCCUCCUUCUCUACCUCCGAGGAUUUCUCCUCACUAAGAUAGAAAUAGAAAAGUUCAGCACGUGUCAUGAUUAUGCGCGGGAGGACUGCUGGAGUAAACCGCGGUACAAGCGAGCCGUUCUGGUGCUGAUAGACGCGCUGCGCCAUGACUUCACGCUCUACAACUCAUCUGUUGAGAACCCGGAACCUUGGCAGAACAAGAUGCCGGUUUUUUCAGAGCUGCGCAAGCAAUUCCCUGAACGCACCAGACAUUUGGAGUUUAUCGCCGACCCACCCUCAGCAACAUUUCUACGUCUCAAAGGACUCACCACUGGGGGAUUACCCACGUUUGUAGAUAUGGGUAGUAACUUCGGAGCGAACGAGAUCACGGAGGACAGCUGGGUCAAACAGCUCUCACUGCACAAAAAGAAGCUGGUCCUCCUCGGAGAUGACACCUGGAUGAGCAUCUACAGCAAAUACUUCUACCGUUCAUUCCCGUACCCCUCAUUCGACGUGUGGGAUCUACAUACAGUAGAUAACGGAGUGUGGUCACACCUCCUACCCCAGAUGAGAACAGAAGACUGGGACGUGAUCGUGGCUCACUUUCUGGGGGUGGACCACGCCGGGCACCGCUACCACGUCAACCACCCUGAACUGUCCAGCAAGUUAGAGCAGGUAAACCAGUGGGUGGGCGAGAUAGUGAGGGAGGUGGAGGAGGACACGGUGUUGUUUGUGUUUGGUGAUCACGGUAUGACAACUAGUGGUGAUCAUGGUGGGGAGACGGCUGAUGAGGUCACCUCCACCUUGUUCGUGUACUCAGGCUCCAAACUGGGUGCUGUGAGCCAGGAGGAAUCUGCUCUGUUUGAUCCUGAGCGAGUAUUUCAGACUGAUCUGGUCCCCACUCUGACUUUAUUGUUAGGUGUUCCUAUACCUUACUCCUCGUUAGGGUCAGUUAUUCCCUUCCUAUUCUUGGACGACAACUCUGAACAGAGUAGAACUGAUCUUCAGCUGGCUCUACAGACCAAUAUGAACCAGGUCUUCAGGUACAUCGAGGCUUACUCAAUGAUAUCCAGCGAGUUCAGUCCAUCUGAAAUAUCCCAAAUAAAAACUAAAAUCGAAGAUCUGAACAAACAAAUCACAGAAACAUCUGGCCAGUACUCAUUUACUGUUGUUAAAGAAUUGAAGCAAGUUAUUCGCCGAAUCCGUGACUUGUGCUCCAAACAAUGGGCCCAGUUCAACCUGCCGGUCAUGGCACUUUCUAUAUCCCUCAUGAUACUGCUAUCUGUAAGUCUCAUAGCUACUUCCUCCUUAUCAGUUACCUGGUGGCUCUCACUUCCGGGUGUACCCCUGCUUAUUAUCAGUUACGACAGUUUGUCCCUAUGGACUGGGGCUACUCAUUUUGUCACUGUUUCUCUGACAUUUGUCACUAUCGUUGCAACUUUCUAUGCUCCUGUUAGGUUAAAAUUAUCUUCGUUUAUGUGUAAAGCGGGUGAUUUGAUUAAAUCAUUCAAGGAACGCGGGGUAUCUUAUUUAUUAAAAAACAGUCUUCAGAUUUAUUUCCUAGAUGUUGCUGGAAUUGUUAUCAUAUUUUUCAUGAGCGUUGGCUUCAUGACAAACAGUUACAUCCUAGUUGAGGACUAUGUGACUGUACACUUCUUUGGAACACUUCUCAUAAUUAACUACCUGUUAAAGAAAGGAACUAAACCCUCAUCAAAACUAAUACUAAUAUCAGUAUUAGCGGGAACAGCUUCCCGGCUAUCAACCACAUUCUUUGGAUGCCGUGAGGAGCAGUUCUGGUGCGGUAAAACCUGGUGGCUGAGUACCGAGGUGCCCUCUCACGUACGGAGUUAUAAGUAUGUGGGGAGUGUGGCAGUGUUCCUGGGUACCAUGUACGGACUGUAUAGAUACCAGAAGGAGCAGGGGUCUCUGAUGAGAGGAGGGCUGAAGUUUGUACACUGUACAAUCCACCCAGUACAGUGUGUACUGGUAGUAGUCUACUGGGCUCUCUCUGCCUCCACCACCAAGGUGCUGACAGAGGUGCAGAUGUGCUGGUUACCGCGCGCCGUCUACUUGUUAGCCGUCCUGGCAGUGGGUGUUGUGGUGUACGCACCGUGCACUGUGCGUGUACUGGACACGGGCAGCACACCCCGGAUGUACGGUGCAACGUCCUGCUAUUCUGCUCCUUCUCUUGCAGUUUACACCACACUGCUACCUGUGUGCGCACUGCUGCUGCAGUACAGUGCUGCGCCAGCACUAGCGCUUCUUACUGCGCAGUUAAUGUGCACCUCCCGGCUAGCUGAAGGGAGUAGUGUCGUAUUCAAAGUCAUGAUAUGUCACGUGAUAGCUGUGCAGUAUUUCUACGCUACUGGACACCAAGCAGCUGUUCAGCAGUUUGAUUGGAACGCAGCGUUUGUUGGGUUCACCUCUCACCCAUACCACGCGCUACCAAUAUCUAUGAUAGCGCUGCGAACUCUCAUGAGUUUUGUCUUGGUGAGCUUGUUCCUGCCCACUAUAGUGCUGCAAUCUCCCGCCCCAACAGGGCCUGCUCAGGAGGUAGACUUGGGUGAUCCUCAGAAUACAGCUCAACUUCAGUUUUACAUCAACAGAGAACUUCUCAGUACCACACUCCUUUCUCUCCUCCACUCCUCUACAGCACUUACUCUCUUCAAGUGCACACUGGCAUGCGCUGCCUGCUUCAUCCAUCGCAGACAUCUUAUGAUUUGGAACAUUUUCACGCCGCGCAUGAUUAUUGAGAUGUGCUUUGCGGCCUGUUCCAGUGUGGUUGUGCUCUGUGAUUUGGUCUUGUUGGAAAGGACAGAUAAGAUAUUGAGGGGAGAGUUAGCUAAAAUUAGUAAGGCAAUUUAGUUUUGUAUCAAGUUUAUAAUCUCUGCUGUUUAAAUUUAUUUGAGAGUUUGAUCUUUAGAUUGAUGAUCAUGUAGGACGUGAAUUGAAGCGUAAAGGAAGUGUGCUUUGAAAUAAUAAUUAAUAUCAUGUACUUCUGCAUUGUUCAGCGAUUGAUAAUUAUCAAUAUUAUUUAGUUAAUUACUCCUUCAGAGGGGUUUGGAACGAAACUUUUAAUCGGAUUGUUGUUAUCUACUUAAAUUAAGUCGGGGUUGUUGCUUUACAUUAGCUAAUAGAAAAUCAAAUAUUUAAUUUAUUUUUACGAGUUUCUAUUUUCUUUCAUGUUGCAUGGUACGAUGUUACAUAGUUUUGCUUUUGAAUAUACUUAGUUAUUAGUUUUAGAAUUAGGAGUGUUAUUAUAAUUUUCUUUAGAAUUGAAGAAAAUAUUAUUUUUUGUUUACAUUGAGUUUACGUCCCAGCUUGUUAUACAUUUAAUAUCUAUUCCAUAAUUCAUUAUCGUUUAUGGUAUUAAGCAGUCUAUGGUAGUCAACAUUCUGUUAAAUUUAAAUGUAGAAAAAUCUAUAGUUUAUGCAUCCAUCCACAUUCCAUAAGCAAAGCGAUAUUCUUACAACUCUAAUUGAAAUCAUGUCAGAAAAUGGCCCGAAAUUAAGUUCAUUCGCCGUCCACUUGCUUGAAAUACAAACAGUCAGUGUAUCCAUAAUGCAAUUUA